UGUACGCCAUUAGCAAUUUCCUCGAAGCAACAUUUGACCAGCCUUUACUCUAGGCUACAAAACAAACCAGAUAGUGCGCUUUUUAUUUCUAAGUGUAUUUGUCCUUGAAUCUGCAAGAUGAAACACAUCUCGAACGUCCCCGCUUUCCUCACUAAGCUGUGGACGCUGGUCGAGGACGCAGACACCAAUGAAUUUAUUUGCUGGAGUCAGGAGGGCAACAGCUUCCUCGUUUUGGACGAACAACGCUUCGCCAAGGAGAUCCUUCCCAAGUUUUUCAAGCACAAUAACAUGGCCAGUUUCAUCAGGCAGCUCAACAUGUAUGGAUUCCGUAAGGUGAUGCACAUUGAUACAGGGAUUGUGAAACAGGAGAGAGAUGGUCCUGUGGAAUUUCAGCACCCCUACUUCAGACAGGGACAGGAUGAUCUGUUGGAAAACAUCAAGAGGAAGGUUUCUAACACUCGACUAGAGGACAGUAAGAUUCGACAGGAAGACCUGACCAAGAUUUUGGCAAGUGUUCAGAGUGUUCACAGCAAACAGGAGAACAUUGAUGCCAGGCUGGCAACACUCAAAAGAGAGAAUGAGUCUCUGUGGAGAGAGAUAUCAGAACUGAGACAGAAACAUGCUCACCAACAACAGCUCAUCAAAAAGUUGAUACAUUUCAUUGUCACAUUGGUGCAGAACAACCGCAUCCUGAAUUUAAAACGUAAAAGGCCAAUUCUUAUGAAUGGUAAUGGAAAGAAGCCAAAAUACAUUCAUCAGAUCUAUGAUGACAAAGUAUGUGUUGAACAGUCAUCUGUCAACAGUAUCAAUGGUGUGAAGGGUUCAGAGAUAUCCGAUGAUGUCAUUAUCUGUGACUUGACUGAGAAUGAUGGCGAUGUGACAGCAGAGAUCACAGAGGAGUCACCACGAGCCUGUGAGCAAGGAAAUGUGGAAGUAGAACUGGACAGCUGUACGGUGCUGCCAGCUGAGACAGAGGUGAGCACCACCACAGAUGACGUCAAACAGACCGAGGCUGUUUCGUCAGCAGCCGCAGCAGAUGACAGUCAGAGGAGCAGCGCUCUAGGCAACAGUGGAGCAACUAGUAGUGCCCUGCAGCUUAAUAAACCCUCAGGGCUGAGUCUUGAGGACCCUGUGAAGAUGAUGGAUUCUAUCCUGAACGAGAAUGGAGCAGCAAUAUCACAGAACAUUAAUCUGUUGGGGAAGGUGGAACUCAUGGACUACCUGGAUAGUAUUGACUGCAGCCUAGAGGACUUCCAGGCCAUGCUUUAUGGAAAACAGUGUGGCAUUGAUUUUGAUGUUCUAGAGGAGGAUGUGCCCUCCAAAGAGAGCGCAGCACUGAUGAGCAAAGGGAGGACAGAGGAAGAUAACACAGAUAAGCAGUUGAUCCAGUACACCACCUGCCCUCUGCUGGCUUUCCUUGAUGGCUGCAUUCCUCCUCCAGAGCUGGAUCUAGGUACAGCUGGUGGCAGCAACAGCACAGGCUCCUCUAGCACCCAGCAUGAGCCCUCUUCCAGCUCUGUUGCUUCUGUUGACGCUGAGCCAUCAUCAGAGCUGCUGGACACCAGCCUGGAGACAAAGCAGCCACCUCGCAGCUCCCUGAUUCGUCUGGAGCCUCUGACAGAGGCAGAGGCUAGUGAGGAGACACUCUUCUACCUAUGUGAACUGAGUCCUGCUGGACCUGAGGCCGAUUCCUCCCAGCUUAGCAGAGUGUAAGCACGGAUAUUGCUUCGUCCACAGACUGCAUCCCUCUUAUGUUAAUAAUCCCUCUCAUCUCUGGAGUUUGUAUUUUAAAAAGUAGUAACUGAAGUGAAAGCAGGUGAAAGAACAGCUGCAGAUUGUACCCAUUUUUAUAUUUAAGAUUUUUGCAUUGAGUUUAGGGAGGAAUCCAGAUUUUUUUCAAAUACUCUUUAUCCACAAACACCCUGGAAAUCCUAAAAAUAAUGUUUUCCUCUGUGACAACAGCCAUCCAGCUGUGGGAACUGAAACUUGCCUAGGGUCAAAGGGCUAAAUGAAUGCAACUUUCAUGUGUCUGAAAGUGACCAGUUUCACUUUGAGGAUUUUAAGUUCAGGAAAGUUUUAUUCAAAGCAAAAGUCUCAAAUGUAAAAAUGCCACAAGAGAUGCAAGGUGCUGGGUCUGCAGACGGACGAAUACAUCAGCUUUCAUUCCACCCCCUCUCCAGGGUCUUUGUCAUCUACAGAGAACUGCUUCAGAUCAGGUCCUACAACUUCAGUGUUCAAGGAUGAACACACUGAACCUUUGUAUGUAAUUUAAUAAUCUAUUUAUUCUGGUUUUUGUUUAUCUUUCGCUUCAUGUCUGUGCACAGAGCUGAGACUUUAUAAAGCAACAUUCCUGCAGAUUGUGUUGUUUAGCUUGGGCACCAGCCCAUUGGCUUGUUACCCUCGUUCAAUUGAAUUCUAGAGAAUUGGGGCAAACAUUGAAUUAGAAACUGAAACUGAUAAUCAUAUUCCGUUUAAUCACCUCACAGUUUCAUUCCACUGACUGUGGCAGAACUGGAUAGAAAGGAUCCUGAUGAUGAUCACUGUGAGUGGCUUCAGUGUGUCUGUAAAUACAGAUAGAGGUCAGUGUGGUCUGGGGAUGCUGUGAAACAAGCCUGUAAAGAAUGUGCUGUGUCCACCUAACUAUACAAGACACACAGAGAUUUUGUGAAAUCUGUCCUGCAUUCAUUUGGCGGUAUAUAAAUAAAGAUGAGUGUUCUGAGUGUCAAA